GAUUAAUUUACAAUCUGCGAGGAGCUACUAGCACCAAAUGUUGUUUUGCAGAGAACACUAAAGGCAACUCAUUACAGCGAGGAAUGAAAGACAGGUCAUACUGAACAUUCCUCUCGGAUGUGAGGAGUCAAGAUUGCCUGAUAGGAUUGCCCCUGACCUCUGUCCUUACCUUCAUUGAAAACAACUAGCUACAUUUAAACCCUGCCCUGGGCAGUUUGUCCUGGGGCAAUCUGUUUUCAAGUAACCGGGAGAACUCCUUGUGGAGGAAGACCACCUCCAACAGUCAGAAUCAGAAAUGAGUGGACCUCGUAAAAGCGCUACUCCCAAAAGGGUUAUCCACUUUGCUGAUGGAGACACCAUGGAAGAAUACAGCACAGAGGAAGAGGAAGAAAAAGAGGACCAGAACUCAGUAUAUGACUCUUCUAAACUUUCAUGGAGAUCAUACUUCUGGUUUUGGGCAGGUCAAGUAGCAAGCAAUUCAAUUUCUACUUGUGAAUUCCUUGGUGAAAGAUUUGCCGUCUUCUUUGGUCUUUCCGAACCCAAAUAUCAGUAUGUGCUAAAUGAGUAUCGCAGAACACAAGAUAAGGAAGUUGACAAGGACACUGAAGGGAAUGGACCAGAGGCCCAAGAUGCCAAGAUUCCUAAUGAAAAGUGUCACCUGGGAGCUGGUGGCCAAGAGUAUGGGGCCAUCUCUUCCAGAGGAGGCCUGCUGGCAAAUUCCAGCUCGUGAUGCACAACAGAAGCUACCCCUGCAUUCCGAUGCCUUGGCUGUUGGUUACCAUGGUAGCAGCACAAUGGCAGUACUUCUGAGCUUGCUCUGGUUCUAAGCUCAUGAAUGAAGUCUCAAGAACUCAAGAGCUGUAUGUCACAAGGAAAGAGAUGUUAGAUACUUUCACAACAUUCAUUUUUAAAUUGUCAACACCUACCCUGCUGUCAUUCCAGUAAUACAAUCUUGUCAGCACUGACUGCACAACAGCAAUGCCUUAUGGGACUUUGGGCCUGGAGGUUUGGACUGCCAUUUUUUAUGGUGGUUCUAGGGUCCAGUAAAAAAACAAAACAAAAACAAAACAAAGCCAGAAAUCUAAACUUAACCUAUACAUUCCCCUUAUAACAUAUGUAUUUCAUUUCCUUCCAUACAGCUGUCUGAAUUAGUCUGGGCUUAUUUUAUCAUUGGGAAUUUAAUCAUUACAUUACCUUUAAUUAAUUAAUUAAUUUUUUAAAAAAGAAUCUUAUCAUUUUACAUACCAGUCCCAAUUCUCACUC